AUGAGRUGURUACUUUGGCUCCUGUUGUUGCYGUYCUAUUYUGRCUGUACAGCUGCUGAAYUAGAYCCUGGUGAGCAGGCUAAAGUAUCUACAGCACUUGAUACGACUCAGUUUGUACUUAGCCAACUCGCAGCCCACGUAAAGGACGAACAAAAGGCCCUUAAAGAAGCAACGAAGGCUUCAAAGAGCUUGAAGAGUGCAGAACUUCUCAAGAAACAAACGAAGUUACUCAAAGUUGGUAAGAUGGUUGGACGUGCACUUAAGGCUAUCCAGGCUGCCUCUGCUAUUGCCAGCUUUAUCUUCACCUUCUUCAUGCCAAGUGAUUUGGAGGUCAUCACUUCGCUGAUAAAUAAAAGGUUUAACGAAGUCAAUGCGAAGCUUGAUCGACUUGAYCAGAAACUUGACGAAAUGGAGGCGUCCAUCAAGGCAAACAGUGCAUUUAAUACUUUCUUAUCUGCCUGGAUAAAAUGGGAGUACAAGUCAAAAAAUGGUGCAAAGAAACUAUCGGAUAUUCGCAAGGCAAUGGGUACUAAAAYCCGAAGAAUAGACCAAGUGAAGCUCGCUGAAGAAUACGUCAAGUACUACGAAAACAACGACUUGGAUGGAAACCUUCUCAACCUCUACAGAAUGGCGGCUCUUCCAGAGGGGAUAACUCAACGUAACCUCUUUGACAGAUUUAUUGCUGAAUAUGGUUGCGAUAUUACUCAACUCACCGAGCUAAUGAUGCUUAUAAAAGGAAUAAUGACUAGUGCUGCUCAACAGAAAUUGACCUACUACUACCUCAAGGGUGACCAAGGCAGAGCCACUAAGGGUUUCAACGACGUUCAGAAGUACUUCUUCCAGAUACGUCGAGCCUUUGACGAUCGAGUCUGGAACUGCAGAAGAGAGUCUGUUAACCACGCAAAGAAGGAUGCCCAAAAGAUUUUAACGAAGUCAAAAGGGUCUAGCCAGGAAAGCAACGUUAAAGCCAUCUUCGACGAACUUAAAGUCAAAUACCCUUGGUACACUUGGGGCGUAGGAGCGAUUAAAGAUUACCGUACAAAUAUCACCGGUCUUGAGUGGAAAGGUAGUAGGUACUUCAAGGUGGAAGACCGCUCGGAUCCCGGAAACGUGAAAGAGUACUACAUAGUCUACGAAGAUACAAAAUCACUGGCCAGCUGCAGUGAAAUCAGACAAGCCAAAACCUUGUUGGUUUUUAAAGGAUGCGGGGGAUGCAAUUCUGAUUAUAUUUACGCUGCUGACAACAUCCUGUCGCACAAAAAGUGCGGGUCAUCAAAUUUGCAAAAACUUGUUGACUUUCAAACCGAAUGCAAAUCAUCGAGGUAUCGGUAUAGCUAUUGGACUGAGAAGGAAUGUAUAAAGGAUUUGAAAAACCAAAUCAAGAAAAUGGGAUUUCUUGCUACUAAUGUUAACACCAACUACAACCCGUGCACUACUAGUGAGAAAUGCAGUGGUCAUGGUCAAUGCAAGCAGAUUCCUUUUACGAAGACCCAUCAGUGCAUUUGCGUGAGCCACUAUGGUGGAGAGUCUUGCGAAAAACGAAUUGAAUUUGAUGAUACCACAGAGAGGUUAAUGGCCCAACUGCGCAAGACAUUUAAUGUUGUGAACGGUGUUCCUACUGCUGUUGACAUUUUCUUUUCUAUACGGUCUCUGUCACAAAAGCUCGACCUAGUUCUGCUAAAGAUCAAGGCCUCUUUUGCUCACACGAACAACAUCAUACAACAYUCGARRAUCAUCUACMACGUYGAAGACAUCGCUGACCUUUAUGCAAAGCUCCAAAAGAACGAACUGAGUUUCGAUCGGUUUGGUCAGAAAAUGGACCUGUAUUUGAAGACGAUCACGGCUUUUCAAUUGCAGAAUAGACUCAAGAAAAUGAUCCUUGGUCAAGGUACAUUG